AGAAGAAAUAAAUUAUUUAGAGCAUUUCAGGAUAAUGCAUAUUAUGUUGGAAUGUUCUCAAAUCAAUCUUCUUUAGUAGAAAGAGACGUUUACACUUGCGAACCUGGAUAUUCUCAAUAUCCAGGGACUACUUUAUGUUGUUUUACACAAUGUAGUAAAAUUUGCGAUAACAUUGGUUGUUGUUCAUCAG